GUAUUAUUGGUCGACCAAUCAGUGACGUAGUUUUAAGAGAAAGUAUUUCAGUGCUUGUUAUAUACGUAGAUGAUUCCACAGUUAGUAUCGAACCUCGAGAAACGACAGUUGUCAAAGCAACGUCAGAUUUUGGAGAAUUGUGUAAGUCAAUCUUACCACACCCUGUGGCCAUUUUGAACAGUAGAGAGUUGUCUACAAACGUCGAACAAUAAGCAUUCUUCAAAAUGGAUCAGAUUACACCAAAGGAAGUAAAAAUCUUAGAAAAUCCGGAAGAUAUUCAAGAAAGAAGAGAGCAAGUUCUCAGUCGAUAUGCAAAUUUUAAAGCAGAAGCUAAAAACAAGAGAGAUAAACUUGAAGACUCCCGUCGCUUUCAAUAUUUUAAGCGAGAUGCGGAUGAACUUGAAGGAUGGAUUUUCGAAAAACUGCAAGCUGCUUCAGAUGAAAGUUAUAAAGAUCCCACAAAUCUCCAAGCAAAAAUACAAAAGCAUCAAGCUUUUGAAGCAGAAGUUGCAGCUCAUUCUAAUGCUAUAGUAUCAUUAGAUAAUACUGGAUCAGAAAUGAUAGCUCAACAUCAUUUUGCAAGUGAUGUCAUUCGUAAGAGAUUAGCGGAUCUUCAUCAAUUAUGGGAAUUACUACUCUCUAGAUUAGCAGACAAGGGCCUUAAGUUACAACAAGCUCUAGUACUUGUACAAUUUAUGCGACAUUGUGACGAAGUGAUGUUUUGGAUUCAUGAUAAAGAAGCAUUUGUGACAACUGAUGAAUUUGGACAUGAUUUAGAACAUGUUGAAGUCCUCCAAAGAAAAUUUGACGAAUUUCAAAAAGAUAUGGCUAGCCAGGAAUAUAGAGUAACAGAAGUAAAUGAAUUGGCAGAUAAACUUCUUCUAGAUGGACAUCCUGAACGCGACACUAUUUUACGUAGAAAAGAAGAACUCAAUGAAUCUUGGCAAAGAUUAAAACAACUUGCUGUUUUGAGACAAGAAAAACUUUUUGGUGCACAUGAAAUUCAAAGAUUCAAUCGAGAUGCUGAUGAAACAAUGGCUUGGAUUGCAGAGAAGGAUGUUGUCUUAUCUUCAGAUGAUUUUGGUCGUGAUCUUGCAAGUGUACAAACUUUACAAAGGAAGCAUGAGGGCAUAGAACGUGAUUUGGCAGCUUUAGAAGAUAAAGUUUAUACAUUAGGCGCGGAAGCAGAUCGUCUCGCAGCUAUUCAUCAAGCAGAUCAUUCUAAACAAAUUCAAGCUAAACGCGCAGAGAUACUACAAUCAUGGGAAAGUCUAACAGCAAAAGCAAAAGAACGACGUUUGAAGCUUGAUGAAUCUUAUUACUUGCAUAGAUUUUUAGCUGAUUACAGAGAUUUAGUUUCUUGGAUGAACGAUAUGCGCGCGAUUAUUUCAGCAGAUGAAUUAGCUAAAGAUGUAGCUGGUGCAGAAGCUCUUGUUGAAAGACAUCAAGAGCAUAAAGGAGAAAUUGAUGCUAGAGCCGAUAGCUUCGAUGCGACUACACUGGCUGGUAACAAGUUAUUAGAAAAAAAGCAUUACGCCGCGGAGGAAGUAACUAGAAAAUUAAAUUCUCUCGCAGAAGAUAAACAAUCUCUUUUAAGUCUCUGGGAAAAGAGAAAAAUUUUAUAUGAACAAUGCAUGGACUUACAAUUAUUUUAUCGAGAUACAGAACAAGCGGAUGCAUGGAUGGCGAAACAAGAAGCAUUUCUAGCAAACGAAGAUUUGGGAGAUUCGCUCGAUAGCGUAGAAGCUCUUAUUAAAAAGCAUGAAGAUUUUGACAAAUCUUUAGCUGCUCAGGAGGAAAAAAUAAAAAUAUUGGAUGAAUUUGCUGGUAAAUUAAUAGAAGGAGAGCAUUAUGCAGCGGAUGAUGUAGCGCAAAGACGUCAACUUUUAUUAGAGAGACGUGCCAUUCUUCUUGAAAAAUCGGCUCAAAGAAGACGUCGCCUAGAGGAUGCAUACAAAUUACAGCAAUUUGAACGCGAUUGUGAUGAAACAAAGGGUUGGGUCAAUGAAAAACUCAAAUUUGCCACUGAUGAUAGCUAUUUAGAUCCUACUAAUUUAAAUGGAAAAGUACAGAAACAUCAAAACUUUGAACAAGAAUUAAAUGCCAACAGAACUCGUAUGGAAGAAAUGGUAGCUACUGGACAAGAAUUAAUCGAAAGUGAUCACUAUGCCAGCGAUAGAAUUCGUACUCGUACCGAUGAAAUCAUGUCUCUAUGGGAAAGUUUAACUCAUGCUACCGAAAAGAAAGGAGCCAAACUGCAAGAAGCCUCUCAACAGCAACAAUUUAAUCGUACUGUCGAGGAUAUCGAAUUAUGGCUCUCAGAGGUAGAAGGACAAUUGAUGUCUGAAGAUUAUGGUAAAGAUUUAACCAGUGUGCAAAAUCUCCAAAAAAAACAUGCUCUUUUGGAAGCUGAUGUCGCAUCUCAUUCUGACAGAAUCGAAAGCAUUGCCCAAGCUGCAGAUCAAUUUGUUAAAUCUGGUCAUUUUGAUGCAGAUAAUAUCAAAGCUAAACAGGAACAACUACAAGCUCGAUAUGCAGCUCUUCAGCAGCCUAUGAGUAUUCGUAAACAACGACUUCUUGAUUCAUUGCAAGUGCAACAAUUAUUUAGAGAUAUAGAAGACGAAGAAGCCUGGAUUCGUGAGAAAGAACCAGUUGCAGCAUCUACCAAUCGUGGUCGUGAUCUCAUUGGUGUACAGAAUCUACAGAAAAAACAUCAGGCUGUUCUAGCAGAGAUAAAUAAUCAUGAGCCACGCGUGGCUGCUGUUUGUCAAGCAGGUGCAUCAAUGUUGCAAGAAAGUCAUUUCGCCGCCGAAGAAAUUAGCCAACGUUUAGCUGCACUGGACGAACAUUGGGGACAAUUAAAAGAGAAAGCUAGACAACGUAAAAAUGACUUAGACGAUUCUCUGCAAGCACAUCAGUACUUUGCUGAUGCUAACGAAGCUGAAUCUUGGAUGAAGGAGAAACGACCUAUAGUCAUGAAUGCUGACUAUGGAAAAGAUGAAGAUAGUUCUGAGGCUCUCUUAAAAAAACAUGAAGCAUUAGUCAGUGAUCUGGAAGCAUUUGCAAGUACUAUAGCCGCGCUUAGAGAUCAAGCUGCCUCUUGCCGUCAACAAGAAACUCCUACUGUUGACAUUACUGGUAAAGAAUGUGUGGUGGCACUCUAUGAUUACACAGAAAAAUCACCAAGAGAAGUUUCCAUGAAGAAGGGUGAUACUUUGACUCUGUUGAAUUCCAAUAACAAAGAUUGGUGGAAGGUCGAAGUAAAUGAUCGUCAAGGUUUUGUUCCAGCCGCUUAUGUAAAAAGAGUUGAACCUGAAGCAGGAUUGAGCGCUUCUCAGCAAAAUUUAGCAAGAGAGCAAAGUUCUAUUGCAGCCAGACAAGCUCAGAUCGAAGCUCAAUAUGAUGAUCUUCUGAGACUUGCCCGUGAAAGGCAAAACAAGCUUAAUGAAACAGCCAAAGCUUAUGUACUCGUCAGAGAAGCUGCAGAAUUGGCUACUUGGAUCAAGGAUAAAGAGAAUCAUGCUCAAGUUCAAGAUGUUGGUGAGGAUUUGGAACAGGUAGAAGUGAUGCAAAAGAAAUUCGAUGAUUUCCAAGCUGAUCUUAAAGCCAAUGAAGUUCGUCUUGCUGAGAUGAAUGAGAUUGCCGUACAAUUAAUGAGUCUUGGACAAACGGAAGCAGCUUUAAAAAUUCAAACGCAAAUACAGGAUCUCAAUGAAAAAUGGACUAGUUUGCAAACCCUUACUGCAGAGCGUGCUAAUCAACUCGGCUCUGCUCAUGAAGUUCAACGAUUCCAUCGUGAUGUUGAUGAGACCAAGGACUGGAUUCGCGAAAAAGACGCUGCGUUGAAUAACGAUGAUCUUGGAAAGGAUCUGCGCAGUGUACAAGCUUUACAGCGCAAACAUGAAGGAUUAGAAAGAGAUCUAGCUGCUUUGGGAGAUAAAAUAAAACAACUAGAUGAAACAGCUAAUCGCUUGAUGCAAUCUCAUCCUGAAACUGCUGAACAGACUUAUGCUAAACAAAAAGAAAUCAACGAAGAGUGGACUCAACUAACGGCAAAAGCUAAUAGCAGAAAGGAAAAGUUAUUGGAUUCUUAUGAUCUACAACGUUUUCUCAGCGAUUACAGAGAUUUGAUGGCUUGGAUAAAUUCAAUGAUGGGUUUAGUCGCUUCAGAGGAGUUGGCUUCGGAUGUAACCGGUGCAGAAGCUCUCCUCGAACGACAUCAGGUAAGUUGAUUUAUCAAAAGAUAGCUGGUAUUGAAAUGAUCAAAUGAUCACACAGUCGUUCACGAGUCAUUCAUGAAUUAUAGAAUCACAGAGCAGAGAUAGACGCACGAUACGGCAUACUUCCAGAGGUACUGAAGUGUUGAAAAGAGCAUGGAACAAAACUGUGCGACUUUGCCUCUGAAUACAUUUUUCUAUAUUUUUUAUAAUUAAUCACAUUUGGUAUAUU